AUGAGAAUCGAAAAAUGCUAUUUCUGCUCCGCCAGCGUCUACCCAGGGCAUGGUACCAUGUUCGUCCGGAAUGAUGCCAAGACGUUCCGCUUUUGUUCCAGUAAAUGCAACAAAAACUUCAAGAUGAAACGAAACCCGAGGAAAGUGCGAUGGACCAAAGCGUUCAGAAGAGCCAACGGGAAGGAUAUGGUCGUCGACUCUACUUUCGAGUUCGAGAAACGCCGUCAUGUGCCGGUACGCUACGAUCGCGAGUUGGUGGCGACUACUAUCAAAGCUAUGGAGAGAGUACAGGAGAUCAAACAGAAACGUGAAAAGGCAUUCUGGAAGAACAGGAUGGCCGGCAAUCCUGCCAGGGAUACCCACGCCCAAGCUGUCGAAGUGGAACGACACAUGGAGCUGGUACAACCUCGACGAGUCACCGCCCCAGAGGAGAGGGAGAAGAUCAAGGAAAAGAUCAAAGUUCGUGCGGCCGGAAAGAAAGCUAUGGCGACGCAACAGAUCAAAGCGGGGGCGGGGAAAAGAAAAGAGCGAGAGAGCAGACUCAUACCUGCACAAGGGGGUGGAAUGAGUAUGGGGAUGGAUACGAAUUAG